AUGGAAGCCAUAAACAAACUUCUGGCUUCCAGCCCCUCUUCAUCUAGAUUUUUACUUUCCUUUCCAACCAAAAUUCAAAACACGCACACACAGAAAAAAAAAAAUUCAAACAAAAUGGCCACAGUAGCUCUCUCACUCAAGCUUCUAAGCAUACACAAUUUCCACACAAAUCCUUCCUUUAUUUCUCAAAAAAGAAACGAAAAUUUAUCCGCUCCUUUAAAAACCACCGUCCUUAGAUCAUCACCUCCUCAAAACAACAGCGCAACCACCAUCACCACCACCACGAAGACGACGAAAACGACGUCGCUUGAUAACAAUACCCCUAACGAACCGAAACUAAAACCGACUUCCGUUGACAGCAAACCUUCUUCAACUUCCACGUCAUCUCUAACCGAUUCGGUUGCUAAUCUGUUUACUCGUCUCAGAGAUGGAGUUAAAAUUGAUGAGGUUGGUGUGGAGAUUUUAUCAAUUGCAUUGCCGGCUGCUUUGGCCCUUGCUGCUGAUCCUAUUGCCUCACUUGUUGAUACUGCUUAUGUUGGUCAUAUCGGAUCGGUUGAAUUGGCGGCGGUUGGAGUGUCAAUUUCGAUAUUUAAUUUGGUUUCCAAGUUGUUUAAUGUUCCUUUGCUUAAUAUUACUACUUCCUUUGUCGCCGAAGAGCAAGCAUUGAUUAGCAAAAGUAACGAUGAUUCGGUGAAGGAUCAGGAAGGGAAGCGAGUUCUUCCUUCAGUUUCGACUUCUUUAGCGCUUGCUGCUGCUGUUGGUGUUGCAGAAACGGUGGCCCUCUCAGUUGGCUCGGGAUUCUUGAUGAAUAUCAUGGGUAUACCUGUUGAUUCACCAAUGCGAGUGCCAGCUGAGCAGUUUCUUACCUUGAGGGCCUUUGGUGCUCCACCCAUUGUAAUUGCACUUGCAGCACAAGGCACAUUUCGAGGAUUUAUGGAUACAAAGACACCCUUAUAUGCCAUUGGUGCCGGCAACUUACUGAAUGCAAUAUUGGAUGCAAUAUUCAUUGUUGUAUUUGGUUUCGGUGUUGGUGCUGCUGCAGUUGCUACAGUGAUUUCUGAAUAUCUCAUUGCUUUCAUCCUUCUCUGGGAGUUGAAUGACAAGGUGCAGCUAAUCUCUCCAAACAUUGAUGCAAGAGAAGUUGUCCGCUAUCUGAAUUCUGGUGGUCUUCUUAUUGGCAGGACCAUUGCAGUGCUGUUAACAAUGACAUUAGCAACAUCCAUGGCAGCUAGGGAAGGCCCCAUACAAAUGGCAGGUCAUCAAAUUUGCAUGCAAGUCUGGUUAGCUGUAUCUUUGCUUAAUGAUGCUUUAGCCAUCGCUGGCCAGGCUCUUCUGGCCAGUGGUUACUCCCAAGGGAAUUAUGAACAAGCACGACUAGUGAUUUAUAGAGUUCUGCAGAUUGGUUUGGUAACUGGAAUUGCUUUGGGUGUGAUAUUAUCCCUUGGGUUUGGAGCUUUUUCCAGUUUGUUUAGUACAGAUCCAGAAGUUCUGGGAGUUGUCUGGUCUGGCAUUUGGUUUGUUGCUGGGUCUCAGCCAAUGAAUGCUCUUGCAUUUGUUCUUGAUGGGCUAUAUUAUGGGGUUUCAGACUUUGGCUUUGCUGCCUACUCUAUGGUGCUGGUUUCUCUGAUUUCUUCUGUCUUCGUACUUGUGGCUGCUCCUGUAUUUGGUCUCACUGGAGUCUGGGCAGGUUUAUUUCUCUUCAUGACCUUGCGUGUAGUGGCUGGAGUUUGGAGGCUGGGCACAAAAAGGGGACCGUGGGAAAUGGUCUGGGUGAAUUCGCAACAGGAAAGCGAGUGAGAUGGCUCAACAGUGUAGGCUUGUGAUGCCAUACGAGGACAGGGUCCUACAACAUGGCGCCAGGAGUACUCAAGACGAGAUAUUGAAAACCAUCGAGCAACACGCAUCGGUGCCCUAGAUCAUGCUGUCUUCAUGGAACUUGAAAUGGAUUGCAUCUUUGUUGAUGGAGGUGGCUGUUAAAAGGGUUGAUUAUUACUGAACUCACGAGUUACACGACAGUGGCUGAUUUUAGAAAUAGUGAGCUAGAACAAAUUAUUGUAUAUGGAGAAUUCUAGUUAGGAGCUGAAAGGCCAAUUUUUUUCUCUUUAUAUAUAAAUAAAUAAAAAACUGUAAUUGGAGGACAAAUUUAGACAGAAACUUGCCAAGAUUUUGCAAGAGCUAUAGAAAUGCUCCUUUUAGUGCA